AUGAAAGAAAGUCGGAUGGCCUCAGUAGUCCUCCAUGAACGGAUCCUGCAAGCGUCCGCCGUCAGACAGACUCGGUCGGCCCUGCUCACAAAAAUCCCCCCCGAGAUCAGAACCGAGAUAUUCACUCUGGUACUGCAAUCGUAUCCCGACCAAUCUCCCGAGCGGAAAUAUGAUGGUUCCGAAGCCUUUGCCCGCCCAGGCUACUCGGCGCCUCUCGAAACCUGCACAGCCGUGUUGCGGACCUGCCGCGCCGUCUACCAAGAGUACUGGCAGUUCCCCUUCUUUCUUCGCGAGCAGAUCCACUGGGCCGUUAACAGCGGGUUGCGUUGCCCUCCAACAUACAGCUUGGCUACCGCGUUGAAGAAACUGCAGUCUUCGUUCCCGAUGCUGUGGCUAAGACAAGAGUUCAGAGAUCUUCGAGUAUUUACUCAGGUGUAUGCGUUGGAGAAGGAGGGCAUCAUGAAUAGAAUUUUGAGCGUUGGGGUCCGCCCUCACAUAAUCACCAUCACGAUCCGCCAUACGGAUUGGUGCAACUGGGAGAAUGGACCGCUGAAACUCGAGGGAAACUGGACGCGAGGGGUCUCCAAGGUAUUGCCAACGAGCGUGCGUCAACUCAUUAUCGAGCUCGAGUCGGUUCGUCGUAUGAAAGAGCAGGUGGAUGAACUAGCUUCGCAGAUGAUGGAGAAAUGGCUCUUCCAGAGGGAUGAUGGGGUCACUUUGUCCCCGCAGUCAGUUGCGUAUUCUACAUGGAGGGGGAAAAGCAUGAGAAACGGUGAUAGAUGGAAUAGAUACGGCACUGCCAACUCCCGCAUACAGUACUACAUCGCGAGGGUGUAUUUUCGGUGGGAAGAGAGAGACCCUCGGAGGUAUACUCGGAAGAGAAACCAACAGCUGAGGCUUUAUAACCCCGAAUGGCGUCCGCUCCCGGCCGUGCAUGAGCCGAUGAACCUUCUACCAGAGGUUGAAGAAACCCUACCACCCCAAAUCCCGCAUCUGGGACUCCCAAGAUUCAUGAGGGACACCAUCUCAUCCAGUCUAAAGAAGCGAAGGCCCUGA